CCCCGCAGGCGCUCCGGGCCCUAGCCCCUUCCCCGGCCAUGGCUCCAGGGGCUCCCUCGUCCAGCCCCAGCCCUGUCCUGGCUGUGCUGUUCUUCUCUUCUUUGGUGCUGCCCCCUGCCCAGGCCAUUGUGGUUUACACGGACAGGGAGGUCCAUGGUGCUGUGGGCUCCCGGGUGACCUUGCACUGCUCCUUCUGGUCCAGUGAGUGGGUCUCAGAUGACAUCUCUUUCACCUGGCGCUACCAGCCCGAAGGGGGCCGAGAUGCCAUUUCGAUAUUCCACUAUGCCAAGGGACAACCGUACAUCGACGAGGUGGGGGCCUUCAAAGAGCGCAUCCAGUGGGUAGGGGACCCACGCUGGAAGGAUGGCUCCAUUGUCAUACACAACCUAGACUACAGUGACAAUGGCACUUUCACCUGUGACGUCAAAAACCCACCUGACAUAGUGGGCAAGACCUCUCAGGUCACGCUCUAUGUCUUUGAAAAAGUGCCAACGAGGUAUGGGGUGGUGCUGGGAGCCGUGAUCGGGGGUGUCCUCGGGGUGGUGCUGCUACUGCUGCUGCUCUUCUACCUGGUUCGGUACUGCUGGCUGCGCCGGCAAGCGGCCCUGCAGAGGCGGCUCAGCGCCAUGGAGAAGGGGAAGUUGCACAAGUCUGCGAAAGACUCGUCCAAGCGCGGGCGCCAGACGCCCGUGCUGUACGCCAUGCUGGACCACAGCAGAAGCACCAGAGCUGCCAGCGAGAAAAAGGCCAAAGGGCUGGGGGAGUCUCGCAAGGAUAAGAAAUAGCGGUUAGCGGGCCGGGCGGGGGGUCGGGGGGCAGCGGCGGAGGCCGCCAAAGGCCCGCAGGUGGUGGUCAUCGAGAUGGAGCUACGGAAGGAUGAGCCGAGCUCGGAGCUCCGGCCCGCUGUCAAGUCCCCCAGCAGAACCAGCCUCAAGAACGCCCUCAAGAACAUGAUGGGCCUGGACUCGGACAAGUGACCACCCCCCCCAGGCCCUGCCAAAGCAGGGGGCCCUAGGCUUGCUUUCUCUGUCUAGGUGUUUGUCCCCUGCUCCCCAGCCCUGCCCUGCCUCCCUUUGAGAUGUAAGUUUCAUUCCAAAAUUGCAGCCCCUAUACUCCCCACCGUCACGCCCCUGGCUUCCUGGGAGCCAGAGCCAGAUCUUACCCCUCAGCUGCCCAAGGGCUGUGUGUUUGGUGCCUGUCCCUCGUGCACCGAGAAGAAACGGACCUUGAUACCCCCUGCCUCAACACCAGGCCACCUGGCAUUCCCACCCCCUGCCGUCCCCAGCCUGUCCCCCGGGCUCUCUCCUCCCCUGUCCCUUUGCUCCAUCAGGUGGCUCAGCCCAAACUCAGUCCUCCCAGCUAACACCCGGGUCUGACUCUCCUUCAGGGUUUAUUUAGGUUGUUGAUUAUUUUUUAUUUUUUAAUCCAUUCUUUCUUUCUUUGCCUGUGCCCAUACUCUGCCCUACCCCCAUGACUGAGGACCAAUGACGUCAUGUGGCUUUUGCAGUUCCCCACCCCCAUCCGCCCUUAAAGGAGAGCCAGCCCAAGCAGAGGGGCCCCAUCCCCAGACCUCAGCUGCAGGGUUGGUGCCCCUGACCAUUUUGGAGUACCACUCUGGAGCUCAAGGUCUUGGGGAAGGAGAGAGAUAGAAAUGGUGGGAGCGAGGGGGCAGCUGAGCCUUUUAAACAACCAAGCAGGAAAAGCAAAUGCGAAGUAGGGGGAGAGAAAGGGGUCGCACUCCGGCCACAGGGGAUUCUUAGGAUUUUUCUACAUUCUGUAUAUUUCUUCUCAAAUCCCCCAGUAUCCUUAAAUGUUUAAUAAACACUGACAUUU